CCAAUGGGAGCUGUCGGGGGGCGUGGUUAACGAAGAGUCGCGACCAUCCAGCCAUCAUGCUAGCUGAAGAAGUCCUGUGUAACUAGCUUCGCUAACUCAUGCAAUGACAACUCGGCUUAGUUUUUCUGAGCGUUGUGUCGUUUUUUCACGGACACCGGGAUCUACAAUGGAAACAACCAGUUGUGUGUGAAGGCUGUUGUUGUUUUCUUUACCAAGAAGACCCAGUAAGGACAGCCGUGUCGGUUAACUAGCCAGGAAGCUAGCGCGGCUAACCGCACCGUGCUCACAUCGCCUGCCGCGUCCCGCAGCUCAGACAGCGAGUCCACAAGGCGGCGUGUCGACGUUGGAGAUUUGUUACAUUAUCAUGGAGAAGGCGGAUUUCUUGAAAGGACUUCCUGUCUACAAUAAGAGCAACUUUAGCAGGUUUCAUGCAGAUUCUGUUUGUAAAGCAUCUAAUAGGAGGCCCUCUGUGUACCUUCCAACACGUGAAUACCCCUCUGAACAGAUUAUUGUAACAGAGAAGACCAACAUUCUCCUGCGUUACCUCCAUCAGCAGUGGGACAAAAAGAAUGCAGCAAAGAAAAGGGAACAGGAACAGGGUGAGGGUGACAGCCCAGCACCCCCAAGGAAGAUCGCCAGGACAGAUAGCCAAGAGAUGAAUGAGGACUCAUAAGUGUUUGUGUGUGUGUGUAUGUGUGUGUGUGUGUGUGUGUGUGUGUGUGUGUGUGUGUUUGCGUAUACAGGGUAUAGCCAGUAUGAACUAACAAAACAAAGGAUAAUCCCUCCCAAGACGUCUGGCCAUUCUGCACAAUGGCAGGGCAGGAUGACUUUCCUGGUAUGACAUUAAGAGUCACCCAUAAAGAAUUAAGGAAAUUCCUGUCAACAAAGCAGCCGUUUAUGGUUUUUAAGAUUGUGUAUGUGAAAAUUAUGUAACCAGAAAAGAUGGACACUGACAGAGCAGAGACGUCAGGGAGGAAACUUUUUUUAAAUUUUAUUUAUGUUGGCUAUUCCCUGUGUGGUAAAUGUGAAUUUGUUUGUAUGCAUGCUGAGCUGUGAGUGUGUAUUGUGUGAUGUGUUGUACCGUAUGUGUGAGGUGAAUGAAGAGUUGAAAAAGUAUCAGAGUAGAUUAAGAGCAGAGAUGGACUUGACAGAUAAAGUCAGACACUACCCUUAAAAACUCUCCUGGUACAUGACUUGUGUAGCAGUCUGUCACCUGGAGGGACUGUCCUGAUUUGUGCAGAGAUAAAGUUUUGUUACUGUUUUAAUUUUAUUAUAACUAUUAUUGUUUAUGUAUGGCAAUGAGCUUCCUGCCAGCCACAGUGCCCGCCCUCUCAGUUUCACUGCCCACUCUGCAAACCACAUGGGGGCAUUGCGACAUUUCUCCACACUGUUUGAAUCAACAGAACCAAGAAUGCACUGUGAAGAACAGCACAAAGUAGAAGCAACUCUUCCAGAAUCCCCCUUAGAUGUGUGUUUAUGGUGAAUAUCCAUAUCUUCAUCCUAUUCUGGAACUUGUGCUUGUAAGAUAAAUGUUGUGUUGGUGUUUCUGAGAAAUAUUUUUACAUCUAGCACCGCCUUCUGGCUAAAUCGAGGCGAGCAGGAAUGGCGUUUUCUCUGUUCUUUCAUCAGAGGACGUAGAAAAGGAAGCGACUGAAGAAGCUGAGCUUAAAUAUGGAGAUGUAAAUUGUAACGUCGAGCUUUCAGCUGCACAACAAGGUAACAGCACAGACGGUGAAGAAAAAUAUGUGUAGAAAUGUCUGGAAAAGGGAAAAAGAAUACAGUAUGAUGUGUGUAAAUAAUCGCCAGUACCACAAUUAGUUUAUCAAAUGGAGUAUCUUUGUCUGCCUUUUUGUAAAAUACAUGCCCGUGGAUACGAUAGAAAAUUACCCUUGUAAAAGUAAGGAGCCUCCGUGGCCAGUGGAUUUUACCUUGCCUUGCAUGUUGAUGGCUGGGUAUUAUAUUCCUGGAGCAGAAAUAAAACUUAAAGGGUUGUUGGACUUUUCGGGCAUCAUCUCGUGUGACUGUGGAAGGUAUUAGCCUAUAGGCCUUACAAAAUGUCAUCAUGGUUUGGACCUUUUUGCUCCCCUAACUCAGGGCCUGGGACAGCUGUAUUUGUUUGCCCGGCCUUUGUGACAGCCCUGGUUUUUGUCUGAGAGCUGGCUUAAGUGAACACAGGGGGCUUUUAAAGGGGUGUUAUAUUUUCAGCCAUAGAAUGCACAAUAAGCAUGCACAGCAAAGUGCAGUUGCCAUCCUGCCUUGUUCCUGAGAUUCAGUUUGUAUUAGUGUUCUAUGCUGUACAACAUUGAAUAAAGUUUUUGUUUUUUUUAAAUGUUAUCACUGCCCAGCAGUCACAUCGAAGCCUCCUGUCCUUCCUGUCCUUUUUCAGUCAAUGCUGCAAUGUGGGUUGACAGUGUGGUCAGUCAUUUCCCUACCUACAGUGUAAAUAUCGUCGAAGUGUAAAACCACAUUACGCUUCUGCUCAGAUAGACUGUUCUACAACACCCUAAGCCUUGCCCCAUCACAUGUGUUAGGUCAGAUAUGUUCUUUUUAGCUUUGCUGAAAUAAAACUGGAUUGAAACUG